AUGGCAGAACCACCUGCAAAGCGCGCUCGUCGAGUCGACAGCACCGCCAUGUGGGAUUCGAAUGAUAAUCAGCCACGUGCUUCAGAAUCGGAAUCGGCUCGCGACCGCAGAGCUUCACCACCACGAGACGAUCGACGCGACGGCCGAUAUCGCUCACGUUCACGAGAACACAAUGACAGAAGGCGAGAACGGAGCUGGUCUCGGGAUCGCCGCGAUAGAGACCGAAGGGACGGAGGCAGAGAUGGCCGCGGGGCCCAGGAUCGGAAGAAGAGUAUCAGCCGGGAGCACGACUAUGAUAGACGAGGAAAUGCACCAAAGAGCGUCAAAUUCCGCGAACGCUCGCGCUCGCGGUCCCCCGCUCGGAAUGGCACACGAGCUCGCUCACCCCCUCGAGGCCCUAAGGGCGAUCGCAGAGACCCUCGAUCGCGAGAGGAUCCUCGGAUAGCAAAUGGCGCAUCAGAAGGACCUCGCCACGAUGAUGAGAUGGACAUGGACAUCAACGAAGAUGCAGAUGAGGACGAGAUUGAGGCGCAAAUGCGCAAGGCCAUGGGUUUCACUCGAUUCCGCACUACGAAGAACACCAAGAUUCCCGGAAACGACAUUUACGGUGUGCGGAAGGAGAAGAAGAUCGAGUACAGACAGUACAUGAACCGCCAGGGCGGUUUCAACCGGCCGCUCAGUCCCUCGCGAUGA